AUGGUGAUGCUCCAUUCUAAAAACGUUAAAGCGUUUCUGGAAAAUACUCUGAAACCGUAUGAUCUUCAUUCCGUAGACUUUAAGACAUCAUCUUUGCAAUCAUCUAUGAUUAUAACCGCCACUAAUGGAGGUAUACUGUCCUAUGCGACGUCAAACAAUGAUGUGCCGAAAAAUUCCAUAAACGAAAUAAACUCAGUCAAUAAUUUGAAAAUGAUGAGUUUACUGAUUAAGGAUAAGUGGUCAGAAGACGAAAAUGAUAGUGUAGAGCAGUCCUCCGAUAGCUGUUACCCUGUGGAGAUCGAUUCUUUUAAAACAAAGAUAUAUACUUAUGAAAUGGAGGAUUUGCAUGCCUGUGUCGCACAGAUACCCAACAGCGACCUUCUGUUACUAUUCAUUGCGGAGGGUACAUUCCCUUACGGGUUACUGGUAAUUAAAAUUGAAAGGGCCAUGAGAGAGUUAACCGAUUUGUUUGGUUAUAGGCUAGGUUAG